AGCUUCUGUUUAUAUUAUUAAACUAUGUAAAUAAAAACAACAAAUAUAAAAUUCGUAUUUAAAUAAAUUGAAAUAAUAAAUACAAUUAAACAUAUGGCUGAAUGUGAUACCGCUGACAUUUGUAGAUUGUCAUCUGCAACUUUCAUUAUUAUUGGGGGUGGUAUUGCUGGCGUUUCAUGCGCUGAACAGUUGGCAUUUGAACAACCAGAUGAAAGCAUUAUUUUAAUUUCAGCCUCUCCUUUUGUGAAAGUCGCUAAAAAUGUUAUAAAGAUAUCGAAGAGAUUAGAAGACUUUGACGUUGGAGAAGAAUCUUAUUCAUUUUUGGAAAAUCGUCAUGCAAAUUGCACAGUCUACUUUGCCUCUGCAGUUGAAAUUGAUUCUUUAAAACAUACUGUUCUGUUGUCAGAUUCUAAAGUCUUGAACUACAAGAAGUUGUGUAUUUGCACUGGUGCUGUUCCAAAGAUAAUUUCAAGAUCUAAUCCUUAUAUUUUGGGCAUUAGGGAUACAGAAACAGUUGAGGUAUUUCAGCGAAAACUUUUAGAUGCAAGUCGUGUUAUUGUAGUUGGAAAUGGUGGCCUUGCAAUUGAAAUUGUGUAUGAAAUAGAAAACUGUGAUAUCAUUUGGGCAAUCAAAGAUAAGUCAGUUGGCUCAACUUUUUUUGAUGCAGGGGCUGCAAAAUUUUUCUUACCUUGUUUAAAUGAAAGCAAGCAGAAGGAGACUGCCCCAUCUAAGCGACUAAAGUACACAUUAGAAGGUAAUCCUCAAAGUUCUGUGAUGGGAAGUGCUUUAGGUCCUGAUUGGUCAACAAAAAUUAAUAUGAAAGGGAAAACUCUGGAAAAGCGAAACGUUCAUGUUGAAUAUGAAUGUGAGGUUAAAAAUAUUCAUUCAAGAGACGAGUUUCUGCAACAGGAUCUGAAGGAAAUAACGUUUCAAACAUCCAAAUCUAAAAAUAUUUGGCCUGUUUAUGUUGAAUUAACAAAUGGUUCUGUAUUUGGUUGUGAUUUUGUUAUUAGUGCUACAGGCGUUAUUCCAAAUACUUCACUUCUACUAAAAAAUGAAUUGUUGAUUGCUGAUGAUGGAGGUAUUGCUGUUAAUGAUCAAAUGAAAACCAAUUUGGAAGACAUUUUCGCUGCAGGAGAUGCUUGUACUGCUUCUUGGUCAUUGUCCGAACAUUGGUUCCAGAUGCGUCUUUGGACUCAAGCUCGACAAAUGGGAGCCUAUGCUGCUAAAUGCAUGUCUUCUGAGCUUCAAGGAGAAACUGCAGUUCUUGAUAUCUGUUUCGAUCUUUUUACACACGUAACAAAAUUUUUUGGAUACAAAGUCGUGCUUUUGGGACUUUAUAAUGGACAGAAAUUAGGGAAUGACUAUGAAAUUAUAGUAAGGACAUCUGAACGUAGGGAAUAUGCUAAAGUGGUGAUGAAAAACGGAAGGAUGCAAGGAGCUGUAUUAAUUGGAGAAACAGAUUUAGAAGAAACAUUUGAGAACCUAAUUCUUAAUUCUUUAGAUUUAACACCAUACGGAGAAGAUAUUUUAAAUCCUGAUGUUGAUAUUGAAGACUAUUUUGAUUAAGGUUUAGUGUUCAAUAUUUUAAAAUAAUAUUAAUAAUAUAAAUUUAUCUGAGUGUUCCAUAAAAAACUUGAGCUAGCUCUAAAAAAAAAAAAACUUAUUUAUUACAAGAACUUUAAUUUCUUUGAAGAUUUGGGGUUUAACAUCUUUAUAGAUGUUCACUGUGUUUUUAAAUUUUCCCUUGAAGUUUAUUUUUAUUGUCAUUUAUUGUACGCAAAACUGUAUUUAUAUACUGAAAAAUUUGCAUCUAUUAGUUUAUCAAAAGUUAUUAAAGUCAAUAAUUUCAAUAUUUUACACAAUUGUUCUGAAUUUUUUUUUCAUAUACUUCAACUACUCAGGAAAUGUUAAGUUGAUAUUGUAUUUAUUUUUCUCUCUUUUUCUUUUUUAAUGAAACACUUAUUAUUUAAAAUCAAUAUAGUACUUAAAACAUAGCUUAAAAACCAUAAAAUUGCACUGAAUUGUUUUUGCAGUGCACUGUAUAUCUAGAAAUGAGCUUAAAAUUCUUAUUUAAUAUUAGAAUUAAUUUAUUGUAAAUGUUGUAUAAUAAAUUUCUUCUAUUUUAAUUAAUUCUCUUUUUAUAUAUACUUACAAGCUGUUACAUUUGUAUUACAUCUUUGUUCUAUGCUGUAUUGUGAUGAAUUACAAAAUAAUUAUAAAUGUCAGUAUUAGUACAUACUAAUUGACUGGCAUUUUUGACAGAUUAUCAUUAACAAAUCAUGAUAGAUUGUUUAAGAUUUUUUGCAAAUAUGAUUACGCAAAAUUUGUUGUAUAAAUCAUAUUAAAUAGUAUAUUAGAAUUAUUAGUAUUUUAAUAUACAUAUAAACAUAUUCUGUAUUAGAAUAUUCUAAUACAUACUCUAAUAUACCUAGUAUAUAUUAAAGUGAAAUUAUAAUUAAUUUGUUAUAUGUUGUAUAAUAAAUUUCUUUUAUUUUAA